CUCCGCCGGCUAUCCACCACGCACUGACGGUUUGUCACAGGCCAACAGCCGGAGCUCGCUCGCCGGCGCUUGUCCAGUCCACGCCCAUGGCGACUCCGACCACGAGCCGUCUCCAUGGCCACCUCCUCCCCGCCCUCCCGUCCCGUCCUCCUCGCGUUCCGUCCUCCUCAGCCCCAUCAGCCCGGGGACCCAGCCGCCGGUCUUCCUCCCGGCUCUACUGCUCCUCGCCGCCGGUGGAAGCGCCGCCGUCAGGGAAGGGCGGCGAGUACCGGCCCUCCUUCGCCGACGACCUCCUACUCGCCUUCUUCCGGGCCAAGAUGGUGGAGGAGGUUGGGUGGGAUUCUCAAAAGCCUGGAUACGACGGGCUGAUCGAAGUUGCGAAUCGCCUCAUGAUCAAGGGGAAGAGUGCUUCGGAGACUGAGCAAUCAGCUGUCCGGGUACUCCAGACACUGUUCCCCCCUCUGUUGCUGGUCCUUUUCAAAGCUCUUUUAGCACCAAUUGCUAAUGGCCAAAUUGCAUCCAUGAUGGUAGCUAGAGCAACAGCGCUUUCGUGCCAAUGGUUGAUGGGCACAUGUUCAGUGAAUUCUGUAACACUGCCCGAUGGGAAGUCGUUGUCAAGUGGGGUAUUGAUCUCUUCUGUCUUCUAUUUACAUUCUUUCGAAUUGUUAAUAUGUCAUUAUGGAAAUUGCCAGGUGUUUGUCGAGAAGUGUAAAUAUUUGGAAGAGAGCAAAUGUCUUGGCAUUUGUAUCAACACGUGCAAACUGCCAACCCAGACGUUCUUCAAGGAUCACAUGGGCGUUGAUCUGUACAUGGAGCCGAAUUUUGAAGACUACAGCUGCCAGUUCAACUUUGGAGUGCCACCCCCACCUCUCGACACCGACAAGGCCCUGCAAGAACCCUGCUUGGACAUUUGCACAAACGCGAGACGGCGCAGAGAGCUUGGCAGCAGCGGUGGCCCGGAUGGUCUAUGCCCCCAAGUUUGAUCUGCUGCUUCUGAAAGGACGCACAUGAUAACUAAAAUGGUACGAAUAUUAGAUAUGAUGCAGCAAUGGUGCUGCCCCUGCUUCACCUGGGGCUACACUAGACUGAAGAUGGAUUUGUAUGCGGGCUGGGCCGCCUUCUUCCCUAGCUGAACUGUAUAGCAUGAUCUGCACAUACACGCCACAUGCUGCGUGCAUGGGUUUAAUUGGGAUGUAUGCAACCUACUAUAAUUAGAAUAACGAAGUUGAAUCUCGUAUUGUCUGCUUGUACAAGCAAAGCAAAGAAUUGGCACUUCCCUGAUGUUCUG